UCCAACAGGUGCCUUCAGACACGCCCCCGUCAAUGUGGCCGCCAGACGGCGACUCUCACACGUAAACAAGAAAGAUGGCGCACAGGGGCGCAGGACUAUGUCGGGGGUUCAGCCGAUACAUAAAAGAGAGCAAGCUCGCAGCUUGUUCUGUGAAAAAAUGGCCUAUAAUAUUAAGACGGACUAUGGCAUCAGCAUCUUCACCAAUAUGCACAACGUAUAUUCCGGAGUUUGACGGGACAAGCGGGAUAAAAUCCUACCAAGACCUCCACGACCUGAGUCUUCGAGACCCAGAUCUAUUUUGGGGUCGACUGGCCAGAAGUCGCGUCAAGUGGAUGACCGACUUCGACCAAGUUCAGAAAUGCGAUAUGGAAAAGGGGGAUUUUAAAUGGUUUCUAGGAGGAAAGCUUAAUGUUACAGAGAGCUGCAUUGAUAGACAUGUUGAAAGCACUCCAAACAAAGUGGCAUUAAUUUGGGAAAAAGAUGAACCUGGAACAGAAGAACAUGUUACUUACAAAGAACUCUACCAUAAGAUGAACCAGAUUGCUAAUAUGUUGAAGGAUCAUGGUGUGAAGAGAGGAGAUCCUGUCGCCAUAUACAUGCCUGUGUCCCCACUUCUAGUGGCUAGCAUGCUGGCAUGUGCAAGAAUAGGAGCUGUACACAGUGUGGUCUUUGCUGGGUUCAGUGCUGAGUCCCUGGCUGCGCGUAUCAAUGAUGCUGGAGCAGAAACUGUGAUCACCAGUGAUUUUGCAGUACGUGGAGGGAAGCUUGUAGAACUGAAGAACACUGUGGAUGCUGCAUUGGAGAAAUGCCCUGGUGUCAAGAGAGUGUUCAUGGCAACCAGAACUAAUAAAGAAGUUUCAAUGGGAGAGAAGGAUUUUCUGCUAAAAGAGGAAAUGGCCCAGUAUCCAGAAAUGUGUAUCCCAGAGAAGAUGGACAGUGAAGACACACUAUUUAUGUUGUAUACAUCAGGGAGUACAGGCAAGCCCAAGGGAUUGGUACACACACAGGCGGGAUAUAUUGUGUAUACCACUGUAACUCAUCAGAUGGUUUUUAAUUACCAGCCAGAAGAUAUUUUUGCAUGUGUAGCAGACAUUGGAUGGAUCACUGGCCACAGUUAUGGGGUGUAUGGACCUCUCAGCAAUGGUGCUACCUCAGUAUUGUUUGAAAGCACACCCACAUAUCCUGACCCAGGACGUUACUGGGAAAUGGUAGAAAGACUGAAGGUGAACAUACUGUACCUUGCUCCCACUGCUCUGAGAUUACUGCUGAAGUCUGGAGAUUCUUUUGUCACCAAGUAUGACAGGUCAUCACUCAAAACACUGGGGUGUGUUGGCGAACCUCUGAACCGUGAAGCCUUUGAGUGGUAUCAUGACAUUGUUGGGGAGAAAAGAUGUGAUGUUGUAGACACCUGGUGGCAAACAGAAACAGGAGGGAUUUUGAUAAGUCCCCGUCCAUCAGCCCCAGGAGCAGAGAUCAGGCCAGGCAUGCCUAUGAGGCCUUUCUUUGGUGUAGAUCCAGUACUUCUGAAUGAGAAGGGUGAAGAGUUGACUGAUGAAAAUGUCAGUGGUGCUUUGUGCCUCAGAAAACCUUGGCCAGGCAUUGCCAGAACAAUCCAUGGCAGCCAUGAAAGAUUUUUAGAUGUUUACUUCAAAAUGUUUCCUGGUGUAUAUUUUACUGGGGAUGGCGCCCAUCGUCACGAGGGUGGUCACUACCAGAUCACUGGCAGAAUGGAUGAUGUCAUUAAUGUUAGUGGACACAGACUUGGAACAGCUGAGAUAGAAGAUGCUAUAGAUGAACACCCAUCAGUGGCAGAGUCGGCUGUGGUUGGAUUCCCUCACGAGAUUAAAGGAGAAGGUGUCUAUGCCUAUGUCACCCUUAAAGAUGAUGCAACACAAACGGCAGCAGAUAUCAUCCCAGAAUUAAGAAAUCUGAUCAAAACACAGAUUGCCUCCUAUGCUGUGCCAGACAUCAUACUGAUAGCCCCAGGUCUUCCAAAAACACGCUCAGGGAAAAUAAUGCGUCGGAUCCUUCGAAAAAUUGCUGCAAGUCAACAUGAUGACCUUGGAGAUAUCUCAACCUUGGCAGAACCAGGAGUGGUACAAGUAAUUGUGGACCAUCACAAUGAAAUUAGUGAAAAGAAGUCCUGGCUGUGAUUGUCAGAUAUUAACACAAUCUUGGUUUCAUUAUGCCAUUAUGUGGUUUUGAUUAAUUUGAUUUAAUACUGGCCAAAACAAUAAUUAACAGGAUCAUUACAUAGGUCAAAAUUUUGAAGUUGGCAUGAACACAAGUGAUUUAGCAUUACAGACUUCAACAAUCCAAUUGAAGGGAUAGUUUGUAGCUUCAGUUUUUGCAUGAAGGCAGUGUAGUUUAGCAUAUUUUGGGAUCGAUUUGAUUAUGUAAUUUAUGGUAAUAUGAGGAAAAAACAUUUUAUCUCUGUUGCUGUUGCAGGGGCAAUAUUUAUUAUUAUGGGCACCAUUUAGUAAAAGUUUCACCAAUUUUUGAGAUUAUAUAUUUAGAUAUUAACAUACUAUUUUAGCAGCAUUAUAUUUGUAGUUUCUUCAAUCUACUUAUUAUACAAUUUUACAUCAGUUUUGCAGAUUUUAGCUAUGAAUACCGGUGGACAAUAUUUGUUGUUAUGAUGUUUACACUACGUUUGUUCUAGGUUUUAAGUAUGAAUACCUGAGGAUGAUUUCCACUUGGCAGCUUGCUCUGAAUUCUGUCUACAAUGUAAAAAAUGAUUGUUUCAGAUACACAGUUUUCCCCAAUUUGGCUCAUUUUGUGUAUGUUGCAAUGGCUUCUUCAUAUAUUUUGUGUAAGAAGGCUUAACAUAGUUAUCAAACAAUUAACAACAUUAAUGCAGGUUUUUAAUAUAAUGUAGGAUAAAUAAACCUCAAAUAUGAUAUUCAAGUUUGCAAAUUUUAUUUGUAGCAUUAUAUAUACUGUUGAUGAUUUAUGCAUCAAUAAUUUAUUUUUCUUUAAACAUUACCAUACUGGACAUUAUAAAUAGUGCCUUGAAGUGAUGCCUUAUUUUAUGUUACGGGUGGCAUAUCUGGCAUUGCUGUGAUUGCUUACAAUUCAUAAGGCAGAGCAUUAGCUCAAGGGGCUUUAACUCUCAAGACAGAAGAACUUCAAGUUAAUUGAUAACCCAACAUUUUGUCACUUUCACACUCAGUACACUGAAAAUAAUCUGUGAACUGAGUAACUACAUAUCUUGGCUUACGUCCCAAAUUUGCCUCAUGAAAUAUAGCACAGGUGCUUUGCUUACUCCUGGCCUGAUAUGGUGACCCUUUUGAUGCACAUUAAAAUUGUCUGAAUCUGGGCAAAAGUAAGCCCAGUACCUGUGCAAUAUGUCAUGGGCAUGGAAGAGACAAAAUAUCAGGGCAAUUAAUGAUUAAAAAUACUUUUGUCUUGGGAGUUCAACCCCCUUGUAGCAGGUUUGAAUAAGGUUAGAAUAUAUAGAAUAUAUGCAUCCAUUUCAAUAUGCAUUGUGAGAAACAAUAAAUGCAGUGUUUUCAUAAAACACUGCUAAAUACGCACAUCAUAUAAGUAAGAUAUCUGGUAUGGAGUAGGAUGAUUACAAUUAUGGACAGUUUUUGCAUAAUUAUGGACAGUUUUAGUCUUGAUUUUUUGCUCCAUCGUUAAUUAUGAAGAUUUUAUCUUAUUUUAGCUCAUAGAUUAGAUUUUCUAUUAAAAAUAUAAAUAU